CGGGGGCGCAGGAGCAGGGGCACGCGUGCGCGGGGGCGGCGGCGCGGGAGCGGGCGCGCGCGGGGUCCCCGUCACACAGGAACCGGGAUGGCGGUGUGUGCCCGGCUCUGUGGGGUGGGUCAGGCCCGGGGCUGCCGGCGGCGGCAACAGCGCAAGGGCCCGGCUGAGGCAGCGGGGGCGGCGGCCGAGAGCGAGCCCGACACGGACCCGGAGGAAGAGAGGAUCGAAGGUGUCCCGGUCAUGGCGAGGCCGGUAGGGGCCUGUGGGGCCUCGGGGCACGGAGGCGCUGGGGACCCGGGGGCGGGCCUGGCGGCUGGGGGCGCUGGGAGUCCGGUCUCCACCUGCCCGCAGCCCCCUCAGCCACCAGCUCGCUGCUCACUCCUCGAGCUGCCUCCUGAACUCCUGGUGGAGAUCUUCGCCUCCUUGCCGGGUACCGACCUGCCUAGCCUGGCCCAGGUCUGCACCAAGUUCCGGCGCAUCCUCAACACGGACACCAUUUGGAGGAGGCGCUGCCGGGAGGAGUAUGGUGUAUGUGAAAACUUACGGAAGCUAGAGAUUACUGGUGUGUCCUGUCGAGAUGUCUAUGCCAAGCGUAUAAACCCACGAGUGAAGUCGGGACGUUUUAUGAAAAUUCUUCCCGAUUACGAGCACAUGGAGUACAGAGAUGUUUACACCUGCCUGCUUCACCGAUAUAGACAUAUUUUGGGAUUGUGGCAACCAGAUAUUGGGCCUUAUGGAGGGCUGUUGAAUGUUGUGGUAGAUGGUUUAUUUAUCAUUGGCUGGAUGUAUCUGCCUCCCCAUGACCCCCAUGUUGAUGACCCAAUGAGAUUUAAACCUCUAUUUAGGAUUCACUUAAUGGAAAGAAAGUCUGCAACUGUUGAGUGUAUGUAUGGCCACAAAGGGCCCCAUAAUGGCCAUAUUCAGAUUGUGAAGAAGGAUGAAUUUUCUACGAAGUGCAACCAGACAGAUCAUCAUAGGAUGUCUGGUGGGAGGCAAGAGGAAUUCCGAACAUGGCUGAGAGAAGAAUGGGGACGGACCUUGGAAGACAUUUUCCAUGAGCAUAUGCAAGAGCUGAUCUUGAUGAAGUUCAUUUAUACUAGUCAAUAUGACAAUUGUCUGACAUAUAGACGGAUCUACCUCCCCCCUACAAGACCAGAUGAUCUCAUCAAGCCAGGCCUCUUCAAGGGAACUUAUGGGAGUCAUGGCUUGGAGAUCGUCAUGCUGAGCUUCCAUGGGAAAUGUGCCAAAGGGACAAAGAUAACGGGCGAUCCCAACAUUCCUGCCGGCCAGCAGACGGUGGAGAUUGACCUCAUGCACCGCAUCCAGCUGCCUGACGUGGAGAACCUCCGGAACUUUAACGAGCUCUCACGCAUCAUCCUGGAGGUGCGCGAGCAGGUGCGCCAGGAGCAGCAGCAGCAGCAGCAGCCCGAGGGGCAGGAGGAGGGGCCGGGCCAGGCCCCCCCGAGCGCCAGAGAGUGUCCGCCGGAGCCCCCCGCGUACCAGAAGCCGGAGCAGCCCGCCCCUGCGCCCUCCUGGGGGGCAGAAGGAGGAGGCGGGACUGAGAAGGGGCUGGAAGCCUCGGGAGACGGGCCACCGGCAGCCCCUGAGCCAGCCCCGUCCGAGGGGGGGCAGCCUUUUGUGCUGCCCGCAGGCGUGAUCUCGAGAAAUGAAGACUACCCUCGAACGUGCCGGAUGUGUUUCUAUGGCACAGGCCUCAUAGCAGGACAUGGCUUCACCAGUCCGGAGCGGACUCCAGGUGUCUUCAUCCUGUUUGACGAGGAUCGCUUUGGGUUCAUCUGGCUGGAACUGAAGUCGUUCAGCCUAUACAGCAGGAUCAAGGCCACGUUCCAGAAUGCUGAGCCCCCUUCCCCAGAAGCUUUUGAUGAAAUGCUCAAGAAUAUUCAGGCGUUGACAACUUGACGAUCUAUUGCUCAUCUGAGAGGGAGGCUCGAUGGAAGGGAAUCUCUCAUCUCCUUUGGCUUCUGAUGGAGGAGAUAAGACUCCCAGACACUGGUAUCUAUGAUUAGAAGCAGCAUGCACUUUUGAAAUAAGGCCUUUUUACCAAAAUGCACACUUUAUUGUCAAAGGAGUAUAAAUUCAAGCACCCUUCCUUGAAAUACUUUAUAUAUAGUAUGUAAUAUAGACCUGUCCAUUUGCCAGUAACCUUUGGAGAAGAACAUUGAGCAUGUUGCUACUUAAACAGAACAAAACUAAAUCAGAACAAGACUGAGAGGAGCAGUCCAGGGCUGUGUGAAAUUGUGAGACUGAGGGAGUGAGCUUGUCUGGCUUUUGGCAGCUUUCCAGGGAAAACAAAUCCAUUUCAGGGAAGUUUAUAGUGUAAUGUCUGAAAUCUCUUUGACACGCGUAGUGAUGAAUCUUACUGUAGUCCAUGUGGAGGGUUGAUUAGAAAAUGGAGGUCCUGUUUGCUGUUCUUCCUUGGAUAAAACAGAAAGAUAAUGACUUGUAGAACUGAGGUGGGCUGGAGUCUGGAGCCGAAUUUCCUUGGAAGACAGGAAUGUGAAUUACUCACUUGGGUGUGUCCAUUUUUAGUACAUAGAACCUGUCUGGCAGGCACUUCGGUCUAGAGGUUAGAGUAUCAGAUUGAGAGUUCGGAAACCUAGUCUGUAGUCUGGGCUCUCCCACUGACUCAGUCAGACUUUGGAUAAAGCAUUUAACCUCUAGCCUGAGCUUCUCCGUUUGUAAAAUGAAGCUAAUGAUCCUUGCCGCUUGAAUGUCAGUGCGCUGAGAUUCUGGAAGGAGCAGCCACGUAUAAACAGUAGAGCCGUAGGAAUAAAAUAGAGUUGGUUACCCCUGUUCCUGGUACUCACAAAGCUUGCCUUGUACUCUCUCUCAUCCUUACUCUAGUUCAGCUGACCAUCUUGACAGUCCCUUCCAAGUCUGUGUCUGUAAAAAGAUGACAUUGCAUUAAUUUUUAUAGAUGCCAUCCUUUGUACACCUAUGUUAAGAGCUGGGCAUGGCACAUUAUGCCAGAUAAUUCUGAGUGCAAGGUGGAAGGGAUAAUCCUGGACAUCUUCCUUUGGGAUUUGCAUCUUCGCAACAUGUCAGAAUCACUUAAAAUUGUAACCUAUUAAGACGCGUGCUAGUCGACGCUAAAGUUGUAUCGCAGUUGAAGUGGACUCUCCUCAAAGGCCUUUGGUUUGUGUGUGAACGGAGUGCUCGGGUUUGAGAAACCUUGCACCAAGGCAUGCAGAAUACGCUGUGAAUUACAGAUCGUGAGUGAUGUCUGUCCCCUGAGCAUUCUUUGCCAUCUUUUGGAGGUUAACUUUCUUUGUGGAUGAUACAGCUCGUGAUCCUCAUGCAACACAGUAAAUCUUAAUCUAUUUUCAAGAUCCUGCUUUAAUAUUGCCGUUAUUUUUAUUGUCUUAGAACAUGUCCAAAAUCCCAGGCCUUCCAUUUUGCUUUUUAGAAUUAUUUUUAGGCCUUUUCUUUUGCCUUAAUGCAGUCACACAAGACUUUUUCCUACACUGAUAAGAUUCUUAGAGGGUGUUCAGUUUUUUGUGCUUGUGGCACAUGUGGUUGAUAUGAAUCCUUUCGGAUCAGUUUGGCCAAUUUAUCCCAUUAGGCAAUUGAACAUAGUGGAAAAAAUGGUGGCUCAAUGUUCCCCCUUGCUGAAGGAGGACUAGCUCUUUGCCUUAGAUUUUCCUAUGAAACUCUUCUGUAUUUCUAUAUUUAUUUGGUGGUAGCUCCUGACUGGCAUUUUUCAGUUUGAAACAGGAUCACCUCAAAUUCAGUGUCCUGGGCACUGCCUUUCAUUCGUUUACUCUUUAUUUUUCUUAGAUUCUCAUAAAGCCCUGAGAGUGUAUUGAAAAUCUGUUCUCUGCUCCUGAAGAGAGUACUGGUUGUUUAAUGGAGUGUAUAUUGAGAUGCAUAAAAAGAGGCUGAUUAGGACUAAGUGCCACUGGUUAUGUUUGCCAUCCAAGAGUUUAAAGCAUGGUUUCUUUAAUCACAGAGUCUAAGGACUUUUCUGAAUUGGAUUCUUCUCUGUGAAGCAGGGAGAUGAAGCCUGCAGCAAAAAUAAACUGUUUUGUGCCAUGGCAAGACUGGGCCUAGAAGCUCCAAACCCACAUACUCUUUGCUCUUCUCUUGACAAGAUCUACUAAAAGAAGUGCUAAGGUAGUCUAGGCUUUGGUUGUGUGCACCUUUUGGCUUUCUUUCAGCCUUGUUUAAAUAAACUGAAUUAAAAAGGUAUUUUUGAAUAAGAUACUUAAACUAACGGACUCCCGAUUCCCUCUGAGUCUUGACUGUGUAGCAUGUCAAUACAACCUUGGGCCUUUUCUGUGGAUUGAAGAUGAGGACUUAUUCAGGGUGACAGCGACAACACAAACUCUUUACAUUGGACAUUCUGCUCUCUGCCUUUCUGGUCUUUGUCAAUAAAGGAGACCCAUAAACAUUUAUUAAAAUAACGCAGGUCACAGCCCUUGGACUGGGAAUCUUCUUUGGCUGAGAAAUAGCUCAUGUUGGGCUGUAGGGAAUGCCUUGGCCAUUGAGGGCAGGUAAUUUCUGUAGGAAGGCUCAACUGGGCCAACACCUUCCAAGCUGCCAUUUUUCUACAGGGGAUGAUCUGUACUAUGAGAAUGCUUUGGUUUCUUAGGAGCCAUCUUUUUGGCCGUUAUGUUCUUUAGACAUUCUUUGAUUCCAGGCUAGAUGAAUGUGAAUGGGAAAUUGCCAAAAAAAAUUUUGCAUGUGGAAAUAAUUUAUAAUACCUGUAAGUUUCCUAUCUAGGAGAAGAGAGAAAUUCAUACCAGGUAGUCCAUUAUGGCACAAUGGUUUAAUCAUACUAAUUUUGAAAUUUGUGAUUAGCUUUACUUUUUACUGAGGUGAGAAUUGAUCCAGAUUGCUAACAAAAGCCAAAAUGUUGGUGUUUAAUAGUAGAGGGGAAUUUUCAUUUUCCUGUGGAAAAAUUAGGACAGACAGCACUUUCUGCAGUCAGCAGUUCUAUUUAUGGUUAUGUUGAGAUCCUCCAUGAGAUCACAUGAUGUGGCUUCAGGGUUUGGUUUUCAGAGAAGUUAGUGGUUCUCUUUGGAGAGUAUCAUGACUUCUCCAACUCUCUUUUGCACCAGUGAUUACUUUUAUUUGCAAAGCUCUGCCCCUUUUGCAGAAUAUUGGUAGAUUGGAGUUAGAUGAUUUAUUGUAAAUCUCUUGGUACUUGAACCAAGUUCAUUUCAAAGAAGUUCAUUUUCUGUUAUUCUCUUGGGUUCAAGAUUUGAUGCGAUCCUUCCUGACCAGUCAUUGCUGAUUUUUCUGCCUGUGGGUCAUGAAUGGAAAUGUUGAAUUUAGAAUGUAGGUUACACGAAGGUGGUUUGGGAGGGAGAAUAUCACAACUCGGCCAAUUGGGUGCAUACUUUGAAUGGAAACAUGGUUAGCAUUUGUACUAAGAGUUAUUUAAGGUGGGAUGGUUUUACAGCAGUCUCUACCUUUGCACUGAACUUUAUGCUCCUCUGUGGUGCCUGCUUUCCAGUCGAAUAGGAGCCCAGCUGAUUUUUAUCAGCACUUCUCUUCCCUAUGCCUUCCCUUUACUCAGCCUUUGAAAUUCUGCCUUAAAUUGUAAUGAAUCUAGUUGGCUUGGAAAGAAGGCUUGAGCAGUGUUCUAAAAUGGUUUCCACCUGGUCCAGAUGUAGCCUUUCUUUGUCUUAUGUGGUUCUUUAAGAGCCUGGAAAAAGGAUCUAUUUCAUUCUGAGUGUAGUUAUGAGUUCAGAUGUUUUGUUUGUUUUCCCCAGUGAGUCUUCUAGGACUGCUGAGGAGAAGGAGGGGUGUCACUGGGGAGAUAUUGAAGCUAUGGGUUCACCAAGAAAGGUCUCUCUUCGUAACUAAACAGUUAUGCAAAGUCAUGAUUGUUUGAGAGCCAAUCUUCAUUUUCUGAAUCAAAUGAGAUAUGUAGAAACUUUGGCGUGCUAUAAACAUGUUUGCUGUUAUUUCACGCAUGGCUCAAUAGUGUCUCUGAUUCACCCACUGUCUGUGCUUCAUUGUUUGAAAAUGUUACUACUUGUUAGUAGUUAGGAAGAAACAGAGAAGAGGUGAAAUUUAGAUCUGCUUCUCAUUGCAGGGUGUUUAUAUUGUUACCUGGGAGGGAGGGAGUGUCUUGGAAACUAGCCAGACUUAAACUUUUGGAUUGUCUGAGUUCAUUUGUCCUGUUGUCAAGCAUAGUUGAACUAGCUUUUUGGUAUGUUAUUAGUAGUAUUAAGAUGCAAACUGCUGAAGAAAUUGUUGACCCACUUGCUUUAUGAAAACAUAUUUAAGAAAAGUGACAGUGUUAUUCAAAAUAAUUUAUAGUGGUGUGUCCACUAAGAGUGUCCCAGCUUUAAAAAAUUCUCAGGAGAAUAUUGUCAUAUCCAUCUUCUGGGUGAGGAAAUAACAUGCUGUCUCCCUUCUCUUCCCCUCUCUCCAGUUCUCUAGUUAAUUCAGGAAGUUCUUAGCCUUUUGGUGUCGUGGACCCUUUUAAUAAUCAGGCCUAGCCUAUGGACUUCUGCUUAGAAUAAUAUUUUAUUACCUACAUCCAUAAGUAGAGGAAAUGCUAAGUUUCAGCUAAGAGGCUAGUGAAGAUAAAGGUGUAAUUUUUUCCCCUUCCAAGUUCAUAGGCUCCCUGAAAUCUAUUCACAGAUUCCAGGUUAAGAACCCCUGACAGCAUUAUUAACACAGCCAACUUCUUUGUCUUUCCAAGGGAAUUAACUCAUCAUUUGUACAUUCAGAGAUAUUCAACAAGAAGAUAAUAGAUGAUGUAGAUUUGAAUGCUACUGUGAGUAAUGGAUUUUGUUCUAAUUUAUUACAUAUAGGUAUAAUUUAAAUCUUAGAUUUUUACAAAAUAAUUAUAAAUGUACAACAUUUUCAGCCAUCAAAGGGGAAAAAAAGCUGAGAUGUUUUUAAGAGAGGCCUUUGGACACAUAGAAAUCGGCACUUUUAAGUGCCAGUUGGUACUCCUAACUCUCAGAACUGAGUAACGGUUUAUAAGGAAGUCCACAGAAGUCAAAGAUUCUGAAUUUGGCUUUUGUUGAUAUAGUCAAGGUAAAGUUGUUGAAAUUGGUCCUAUUGACAGAUAUUCUACAUUCAAGACUUGGUAGGGUUGGGGAAGCAAGGUAUACUUGGGAGUGUGAAGGAGGAAGAAUAGCUUGUUGGUCUUAAAGUCCUUGAUUUGUGGAAAAUCCUGAAAUCUAAGGCAUCAUCUAUAAAGCAUCAUUUAAAACCCUGCAACCAGUCAACCUGGCCAGGUCAGGGCUUGUUUUACAAAGAGGUUCCCUUUGGCCAGAGCAGCACUCAUUUGGCCGUGGAUUUCUCUGUGUCCUCUACGAUGAAGGAUUGUGUAUGAGGGGGAACUUUCUGGAUCAAUUGAACUCCUGUACUUUUUACAUUAGACCGUUGUUACAUGGGGGAGAUGUUUGAUUUUUUUCCCUUUUCAGUUUUCAAUAAAUGAAUUUUAAACA